GAAAUGUAUUAGCUGACGUAUGGAGUUCAAUGGAAAUUGAUGGCUAUAAUGUUAAUGAAACAUAUGUUGGGGCAGGUGAACAAGAUUAAAUGGUAUUCAGAAUAUGUGCGUGAGAGCCAAUACUUGCUUCAAAUUGUAAAAUGUAGAAAUACAGAAUGCUGUCGUCCAAGAAGUGGCCUAUAUACAAUAUAUUACUAGAGAAUAGGUUUCUUC